UAGGAUCUAGCUGUUAUCACUGCUGUAUAUUACUAUUUAUCUCCCAAUAUGGCGGAACUUCCGGAGGCGGCCAGAGGGCUGGAGUGGGUCAGACUGUGAAGCGACCAGAGGCCACUGAUAACCGGUGACAGGUAGUGUCAGGACUCUUAUUAAUACAAGAUUCCGGAAGGAGAACAUUGGAACAAGAGGAGAAAGUCGGACUAUACAAACACAAUGACAGCAAAUCCCUUUCACUACUUGAUAGAGCCACUAUCUUGCAGCACAGACAAGGCUUUCUUUAACAUCUCUAAACUUCAAGCUGACGAAUAUGACUCUCUGCCUUACUGUAUUCGUGUGGUGCUGGAAGCAGUUGUACGGAACUGUGAUGGUGUCCUGGUGAAGAAAGAAGAUGCCAUAAGCAUUUUGGGCUGGAAGACUAACUGCAAACACAGAGAUGUUCCCUUCUUGCCAGCUCGCAUCUUGCUGCAGGAUUUCACGGGCAUUCCUGCAAUGGUGGAUUUUGCAGCAAUGAGAGAUGCAGUCAAAAAAAUUGGAAAAGAUCCUAAACAAGUAAACCCGGCAUGCCCCACAGACCUUAUUACAGAUCAUACGCUGCAACUGGAUUUCAGUAAAUGUAGUGCUGCUCAAAGCAUCCCCAGUGUACCAGCAACUGAAAUACACAAAUCGGCAUCCAAACUAUCGCCGGCAAAAACUCAGGGGAAAAAACCACACUGCAGAAGCCAAAACAGUUGCAAAGGAGCUUGCGAUUCAGGAGCUUCAAACGGCAAUUCCCGUACACAGAUUGAGAACACCCCUUUACUGUGUCCGUUUCAUCUGCAACCCAUUCCUGAGCCAGAAGCUGCGUUAAAAAGUCUUGAUGUGGAAUUUAAUCGAAAUAAGGAGAGGCAUCGCUUUUUCAAGUGGUGUUCAAAGGCUUUCCAGAAUGUGUCUGUGAUUCCACCAGAGACGGGCACCGUGCAUCAAGUUAAUCUAGAAUUUCUUUCACGAGUUGUGAUGGAAGAGAAGGAUUUUAUGUAUCCAGAUAGUGUUCUUGGUACAGACUCCCACACGACAAUGGUGAAUGGCUUGGGGAUCUUAGGAUGGGGGGUAGGAGGAAUUGAGUCAGAAGCGGCUAUGCUAGGAGUGCCUAUUACUUUUACCCUGCCAGAGGUGGUUGGAUGUAAACUGACCGGCUCUGUCAGCCUUCUUGCAACUUCUAUAGAUGUUGUUUUAAGCAUCACUAAGCAAUUAAGACAGGCCAACCUAGAUGGCAAAUUUGUGGAGUUCUUUGGGACUGGGGUCUCUCAGCUGUCAGUUGCUGAUCGUACCACAAUAGCCAACAUGUGUCCAGAGUAUGGAGCAACCGUGGCCUUCUUUCCAGUGGAUAGAGUAACCUUGAGCCAUCUUAAGCAGACAGGUUUUGAGGCUGACAGACUUAGGCUGUUUGAAGCCUAUCUUAAAGCUGUGAAAUUGCUGAGAGAGGAAGAUGAUGGACCUCCAGGGUAUUCUGAGGUCAUAGAAAUAAAUCUAAACUCAAUAGUGCCAUAUGUGAGUGGACCCAAAAGACCCCAGGACAAGGUGUCUGUGAAUGACAUGAAAAAGGAUUUUGGGACAUGUCUAAAUGAAAAGGUUGGAAACAGAGCAUUUCAUAUUCCUGCAGAGAAGCAGAGCACAGUUGUUCCUGUGAUAUACGGAAGCUCAGAGUACAGCCUGUCACACGGCUGUGUCGUCAUUGCAGCUGUCAUCAGUUGCACCAAUAACUGUAAUCCAUCUGUCAUGCUGACAGCAGGUUUAUUAGCUAAGAAGGCUGUUGAAGCUGGGCUCACAGUGAAACCAUACAUAAAGACAAGUCUGUCUCCUGGGAGUGGUACUGUUACACAUUACCUCAGUGCUAGUGGGGUUCUGCCCUAUCUUAACCAGCUUGGGUUUGAUAUUAUUGGUUAUGGUUGUUCCAGAUGCGUCGGUAACACUAACCCUUUACCAGAGGAGAUUGUUACAGCUAUAAAAGAGGGGGAGCUGGUGGCUUGUGGAGUUUUCUCAGGGAGCAAACAUUUUGAAGGGCAUCUGUGUGACUGCAUCCGUGCCAACUACCUGGCAUCUCCACCUCUCGUUAUUGCCUAUGCCCUUGCUGGAACUGUAAAUAUAGAUCUGCAGACUGAAGCCUUGGGGGAAGACACUCAGGGUAAGAAGAUUUAUCUACGGGAUAUCUGGCCAAGCCGUGAGGAAGUUCUGCAAGUGGAAGAGAAUUUGGUGAUUCCAUCCAUGUUCACAGAACUGAAGGCGAAAAUGACGAAGCAGAGUACACGUUGGGCCUCACUGGAUGUUCCUGAAAGCACUUUAUUCCUGUGGGAUCCGAGAUCCACAUAUAUUCGAAGCCCACCAUUUUUCCAUAAGCUAGAAAAGGUCCCCCCACCUCUACAACCAAUUGAGAAAGCUCACGUGUUGCUUUAUUUAGGUGAUUCUGUAACAACGGACCACAUUUCCCCUGCUGGAAGCAUCCCACGGACCAGCCCAGCUGCCAAGUAUUUGACACAGAAAAACCUUGCUCCCCGUGAGUUUAAUUCAUACGGUGCUCGGAGGGGUAAUGAUGCUGUGAUGACUCGAGGCACAUUUGCAAACACAAAACUUUUGAAUAAACUCAUUGGCAAACUGGGACCAAAAACCAUCCACGUUCCCUCAGGACAAACGAUGGAUGUUUUUGAAGCUGCAGAACUGUAUCAAAAAGCAGAUAUCCCUCUUAUUAUUAUAGCUGGAAAAAAGUAUGGGUCAGGGAGUUCGAGAGACUGGGCUGCCAAAGGACCUUUAUUGUUGACAAACAGUGGGAAGGUUUUCAAUGUGAUUGCAUCUUUAAAUAAUGAAGUAGACGUUAUCAUCUAUAAACAUGGAGGAAUAUUAAACUAUGUAGCUCGGAAGUAUUUAUAGUGACAUACACAAAGGACAAUAGCUACUAAAAAGGACUUCAGAUUGCUCCUGUGUUAUCUCAUCAGCAGUGGAUGGUGUGAGAGGACGCAUAUGUGGAACUUCUGCACUUUCAGUUAAAGACUGGUGCUAUUGGCAUGCCUUUCUUAAUCCUGCACCCCUGGACAAACGUCUGUUUGCUUAGAUAAUUAUGGAAGAGUCUGUGUCUCAUGAAAAGGCACUUGUACAAACACUCUGCUCUAUAAAACUGAACUGCUAUUUUAUGGAGCAGUUUUAAAACGACAAAAAAAGCAGUGGCCUAUUAUUUAAAAAAUUAAAUAUUCUGCUUUUACAGAAAAAAAAAUCUCUCAAUCACUUGCUGGAUUUAAAGCUGCCACUGAAACAAAGACUAAUUUACUUUAUAUUGUGUUCAUAACACAAUAUUAGUUAUGUUUAAAAUAUAAUAAAAUAAAGAUACUGAAACUUU